AGUGAGCGCGUUUGUCCUUUCUUGUGUGCUCUUCAGUGGUGUUCAGUGAUUCUGGUGAAAAUUUUUGUGAUCCUACAGAAACCUCCAACGACAGCGCACAAACUUCGCGGAUAGGUUUUGCAAAAUUUUCACCCGAAUGUUCCGAGCAAGUGAAAGAAGUGAACUUUUGGAUCAGAAAGUGCUCGUGAAAAAAAAUUCUCCCCACUGAGGAGCAGGGAACCGAGGAGGUGUAAAGCAGUGUACGAGACUAGGAAUCAGGAACGAGGACACUCACGCUUUCCCAUAUACCAACCGACCACUACCGCCGCCGUCCGAUCUCGGACAAGUAGACAACCAAGCGACCCCUUCGAAAUCGACUUCCUUGCUGGCCGCUCGCAUCACUGUUCUUGAAUGCUGGUUUCGGUGAGGAAGUGAAAAGUUGAAUUUGGUCAGCAGCAAAACGAGAUCAAAGAUUUCGCGAGUUCGGUAAUACAUCACGGGAACGGUUUUCUUCUCGCCUAGCACUUAGUUUGAAAGGAAGGAUUAGCCAGUGUGAAAGGGCACAGCCAUGGCCGAUAAGAAAGUAGCGGAACAAUAUUAUACCCCACCCGAAAAACUGGGAAAAUGGGAAGGAUUCAGUAAAUUCUGCUGGAACAGCGAAACCAGCCAAUGCCUUGGAAGAACCGGUUCGAGUUGGGCGAAAAUUCUCUUCUUCUACCUGGUAUUUUACGCAGUGCUAAUUGGUUACUUCUCAGCGUUGCUUGCAGUGUUUUGGCAGACGUUAGAUAUGAAAAUGCCAAAAUGGCAGCUCGGAGAAUCACUAAUAGGGUCCAAUCCAGGUCUUGGUUUCCGGCCGAUGCCAAAAGACGACACCGUGGAGAGUACAUUAAUUUGGUACAAGGCUUCCGAUAACGGUAACAUUGAAGCCUGGACCUCAGAGAUCGAUAAGUUCUUAGAGCCAUACCACCAGGACGAAGACAACCGCGUCGAUUGUUCAUUCGAUAGCCCACCGGCAGAGGGUAAGGUUUGCAAAGUUCCUAUGAACGAAUGGGGCCCCUGCACCAAGUUGAACCGAUACAACUUCAAGAAGAAGAGCCCGUGCAUAUUCUUGAAGCUCAACAAGAUCUUCAACUGGGUCCCAGAUCUGUACAAUACUACCGAAAGCCUGCCGGAGCGCAUGCCAGAAGAUCUCCGAGAGCACAUCGGUGCCGAGCUUCAGCGGGGAGACAAAAACGCCAACAUUGUUUGGGUUUCGUGCGCCGGUGAAAAUCCAGCCGAUAACGAACACAUCGGCCCAAUCAACUACAUCCCACGUCGAGGAUUCCCCGGAUACUUUUUCCCGUUCAAGAACGUCGAGGGAUACCUGCCACCGAUCGUUGCGGUGCACUUCGAGAGCCCCAAAAAUGGCGUCCUGGUCAACAUUGAGUGCAAAGCCUGGGCACGCAACAUCCAUCACGACCGAGCUGACCGAAGAGGGUCCGUCCAUUUCGAGCUGAUGGUUGACUAAGAAACGCGGCCAUCGUCCCUAGUAGCAGCUGGCAAGAGUAAAGCAGGCCGAAGAAGAUGAGUCUAGGUGCAGGCGAGAGAAGAACUACUACAACAACAACCAGAUGAAGAAGAAAAUGAAGAAACAUGAUGAAUACCGAACAACAUCAACAACAACAACCUAUACUGCAAAUAACAACGGCAGUGUGCGAAAAACAAAACAAAAAAGAGAGAAAACCAAAAUCAACAAAUAAUUUGUGUGAAAAGAUGAACAUCAGUAUGUUAAAAACAAUUAAUUAUUGAUAAGAGAAGCUUGAGCAACUGAAAGGACAGAGCGUGGUACGGCAUUUGAAGGUGGUUGAACAUCGGAACCGAUAUAAAUGCAAACUAUUAACAACAAAUUUAGGUGCGAUCUUUAAUUAAUUUAAAAUAUAAUUAACAAAUACAACAAGCUAGAGGUUAAUUGUAAAACAAAAUACAUGCGCGAAACAUCAUCUCGUUUAGGAAGAAAUCGAAGAUAAACCAACCAAACCAUGUACAGCUCUCAAACGGUAUCAUCAUAGAGAAAUCGCGAACAUAACCGAAGAUCCAACAAAUAAGUAAACAAAUUGAAAGUGAAGAGGUUAGCCGAGUUCGACGUGAUAGCCAAGAGCGGUUGGAGGGGUGAUGUCGGUUAUUUGGAAACUUGACUGAUAUGCAAGCAAACGUCGAAAAAUAUAAGAAGGAAUAAAAACUAGAAGCGGCGAAACAGAAGUGGACGGAUUCUUCUAAAUAAGGCUAAAGGAAGUGGCACACAUUUCGGGGUGAUUAUUCUAGAAGUAAUUUGAAAACACUGAAUCAGUUUGUUUUCGAAUUUCGAACUGUGUACAAAGAGGACAUUUAAUAUGAAAAUGCAACUUUUUUUCUGGAGACAGGACGCAAGUUUAACGCGAGGAAAGGUUAUGUUUUUUUUUGUAAGAAUCGAUACUACCUAAAACAUUGUGAAGCUUUUUAUAGAGGUUUAACAAAAUUGCACUGUGGAAAACAAAACUUAUAAGAGGUAUCGAUAUAUUUGUGGUUUGAUUGAAAUCAAAAGCCAAUCUUGUUCCGUUUACUCGAUUUAAAAGUUUAAUGCGUUGAAAUAAGUGGUUUAUUGAAAAUGAAUGCAAAUGAGAGUGGUGGAAGAUACAGAAAUCACAAGUAAAUCUGCGCGGAAAAUCAACAAAAAACAAAAAUCUGAACUAACAGCAAAGCACAGUUAGGAGUAAUUGGUCUUACUGAAGAGUAGUUGCUGUCAGAUAAACAGUAAAACAAAUAGUCAAAGCAAAAUCAGCUGGACGAGAAACACGUUGACGGGCCUCUUUCUAUUCUUACAUUCACUGCCCAACAAAAGAAAUAAUAAAAUUAAAAUUAAAAAAAAAUCAUGAAUUGCCCAAGUGAAAACAAGUUUACGAUCAUACUAAGCAGAUACACACACACACAGUAAAACGACAUCAAAACAAAAGAAAGAGCAAAUCCGUGCAGAAAGUAUAAUUUGAUGUAAUUAAUAGCUGAAAAAAUGAAGAAGAAGAAAAAACCCGAUACAUAAGCCGUACACAAGUAAAUUUGAUAAUGUAAUUAGGGAUUUCGCCAUUUAACAAAUGAAAAUAAUUAAACUUGAUCAAGUUGACUAGGGAAGACGCGCGGUCGGGAUAGUUCCAACCUGGCAACGGCUCCGCUGGAACGACCACGACAGCCGCCUUCGAAAGUGAGUCUACUUUUGUUUCCAGUUCCACACCGGGAAAAAUCACGGCACUAAAUUUAUACACACCAUUAUAUGGUGUCCCGGAGAAGCCGAACGAAAGCAACAGACAGAACAGAAAAUAUCGAUUCUUGGAAACAAAAGUACUGCAAUUGCAAAUAAUAAAAGGAAAAGGAAAAUGUUGUUGAAAGUAUUAUUAAUAAUUAUUAUUGGGGAAAGUUGAUAGAAAAACUGAUAAAAUCAAACACAAAAAAUUGAGUCUCUUAUAAAUAAAACAGUCACCUAGCGAAAAUGAACAGGUAAACAAAAAGCGACGGAAAACCAGCAGCGAAUAUGCAAAGCAAGCUAUUAUUGAAUGUUACUGAUAGUGCGCUUUAGAAUUUUCAAUGUGCUAACUUAAUUUCGGUUGGAGAAUUUAUCUCAGUGUAUAAGCAACAUUUUCUUUCCCUUGUUGUCGUCCAUUCAGAUGUGUUGUUAUUUAUUCUUUUAGUGAUAUAUAUUAUUUAUUUAGAAUUUCCUAUUUCAAGUAUUUCGUUCAAUUUUAAUUUCAACCAAUUCAGUUAUCGAUUGCGCACUGUGUUCAUAUAAUGAAAUCAUGAUGGAAACCAAGUUAAUGAAGUUGAUGAAACUGUUUUAGUGAAGAUAGAUUAUUUGUAACAGAUGAUUAAAGUAGUAUAAAUAAGGUACAUUCACAGCAGAACGUGGGAAAAGCAAAUGAAUGCCAUGCUGUAGUAGCAUUCAUGCCUUUUCGAGCUUUGACGUUAGUAGUUUUAUAUACAUUUAGUUAACAUUUUUAGAAAAAAAAAAAUCUCUAUGAAAUAACGAAGCUCCAAGUGAAUCUUUAUUUAAACCGUAUUUAGUUGUUUGAACUAUGUUAAGAAAGCUACCCAAGGAGAACCGCUAUAAUUACUACAGGAGGUAUGUAAAAUUGAUUGAGGAUAGAAUUUUAGAUUUUUCUUUCCUGGUAGGUAUUUCGAUAAUUACCAUCUGAAGUGAAACGAACGAGUUGACGUAGCUGUAAGCCGAAAUGCAACAAGCGUAUACAAAAAAUACCAACAUCAACUCGAGUGCAGUAACACUAAUUGUUAGAUUUAAAACUAUCGCAGGCAAAGAUACAUACAGUUAAGCUCCCGUGAAGAAUAUAGAAAAAAAAACAAAGCAACCGCUGUUAAAACUUAUUAAAAAAAAAAUAACGCAAAUGAAUCAGAUAGAAUCAACACACUUUCUAGUUUUACUGUCAGACCGCAGGGUAGCGUCGCUUUCAAGCAAAUCACAACAUGCGAAGAAUAAAAAGGCAUUUAAAGGGGUUCUCAACACGAAUAAACAAUAGUUUCAUUCACUUACAACAACAACAAAAGAACUAUUCAAACACCCACCACACACACGAUUACAGCUAAACGUAAAAUAAAUAAUGGAAGUUAUGAAUAAAAAGUAAUAAAAAUGAACAAAAAUUAACAACAAUGUAAAUCUACUAUAUCUUUUUAAUGAAUGAUUAUUGAAAUAAAAACCGAGAAAUCUGUAGAGACGAACUGUUAGUUUGAUUGACACGCUUUUAUCGGAUCUUGUUUAGUAGCUAGAGGAAACAUUCAUACAAACAUUUUUUUUUUUCGAAAAUCCUUGUUUUGAUUUCGUGCAUUGUUUACCUUUCGCUCAUCGUCUGUCCAGGUCACUUUGCGCAAGUUUUGCAAUUCAGUCCGCAUCAUCGAACAUUUGGAUUUCUGUAUGAGUUCACACUUUCGCAUUUUUUCGCCGUCUUUCUUUACAUUCAUGCAUACACGCGCAAUCAUUACAGCUGUCACAAGUGGAAUGGCAACCCAUUACCGCUCACAAUGGACCACUAUCAAACUGACAUUUCUUCCAAGGCGCGCAUAUUGCGAAAGAAGAAUUGUGACGGUUUGCGAGACGUCGCACAUUUUUACAACAACAGAACAAUACAAAACCGAUGAAAACCCUAGUCGAAAUAAAAUUGAUUUCAUUUCCUAAAAAUGUUUACAUUUAAACAAGAACAAACACAUGAUCAGACAGUCAACCAACCGAUGAUGAGAUCAGUGAAAAACUGUCGCCUUUGCCUGCGCGUAGCGUAUAUUUCUAAGAAACUCAAUUUGACGCCCUUCCGCAAGGCUGACAUCUUGUCAAUCGUAGUGUGCGUCGCCUACCAUGGGCUGGCACCAUAAACAAAGCAAACGCUUGUCUGUCAAAGCAAAUGAGAUGCCUUCUGUGAUCUGUCAUACACGUUAUAAACGUUACGUCCACAGGCACGCUUUGUUUACGCGCUACGAGCCAACAUGUCGACCAUUGCUGGCAGACACUUUUCCGUCAGUUUCCCCCCAAUAAAAAUAGAUUGUAAAAUUUCAAAUAAAACUUAAACUACAUGUAAAAUAGGUGCAAAAUUGUAAAUAUGCAUUAAACUCCUUUUCCUCCGAUAAGACAAGCAACCGUUAGCAGUCUUUCCAUUGGAUUUUUUGAAUUGGUUUCCUAAUUUUCAAUCCCGAUUCUUGAAGAAAUUUUACUUUCAUUUGAAUUUGAAAUUUAGCGAGUGUUUUCGAUUCAGUGUUAUUUUAAGCGCAAAAUUACCGUCGAAGACAACAGUAGCUACUAACGAAUUUUCACGUUACGAAUGUCACAUAGCCACAUCAUGCCCAGUAACUGUCAAAA